GGCACAUAAAUGAGCCUAGAGGAAUUCCCUCUCACUGCUGCUUGAGGAUCGCAAGAGGAUCUGGCUGAGCGGUGUGGGCAGAGCAUAGAAGAGUGAGCCACGAUGAAUGGUCAUAUUUCUAACCAUCCCAGUGGUUUUGGAAUGUACCCAUCUCAAAUGAAUGGCUACGGCUCAUCACCCACCUAUUCCCAGAUGGACAGAGAACACAGUUCAAAGACAAGUGCAAAGGCCCUUUAUGAACAAAGGAAGAAUUAUGCCCGGGACAGUGUCAGCAGUGUGACAGAUAUAUCCCAGUACCGAGUGGAACACCUGACUACUUUUGUUCUGGAUCGGAAAGAUGCUAUGAUAACAGUUGAUGAUGGAAUAAGGAAGCUGAAAUUGCUCGAUGCCAAGGGCAAAGUGUGGACUCAAGAUAUGAUUCUUCAAGUGGAUGACCGAGCCGUGAGCCUGAUUGAUUUAGAGUCAAAGAAUGAAUUGGAGAAUUUUCCUUUAAACACAAUCCAGCACUGCCAAGCUGUAAUGCAUUCUUGCAACUAUGAUUCGAUUCUUGCUCUGGUGUGCAAAGAACCAACGCAGAACAAGCCAGAUCUUCAUCUUUUCCAAUGUGACGAAAUUAAGGCAAACCUAAUUAGUGAAGAUAUUGAAAGUGCGGUCAGUGACAGUAAAGGAGGCAAACAGAAGAGGCGGCCUGAGGCCCUGAGGAUGAUUUCCAAAGCAGACCCUGGCAUACCACCCCCACCCAGAGCCCCUGCCCCUGUGCCUCCGGGGACGGUGACCCAGGUGGACGUGAGAAGCCGCGUGGCAGCCUGGUCCGCGUGGGCAGCUGACCAAGGGGACUUUGAGAAACCAAGGCAGUACCAGGAGCAGGAAGAGACACCUGAGAUGAUGGCAGCUCGCAUCGACAGGGACGUGCAAAUCUUAAACCAUAUUUUGGAUGACAUUGAAUUUUUUAUCACAAAACUCCAAAAAGCUGCUGAAGCAUUUUCUGAGCUUUCUAAAAGGAAGAAAACUAAGAAAGGUAAAAGGAAAGGACCAGGAGAGGGUGUUUUGACACUGAGAGCAAAGCCUCCACCUCCUGACGAGUUUGUUGACUGUUUACAGAAGUUUAAACAUGGAUUUAACCUUCUGGCCAAAUUGAAAUCUCAUAUCCAGAACCCCAGCGCUUCAGAUUUGGUUCAUUUUUUGUUUACUCCAUUAAAUAUGGUAGUACAGGCAACAGGCGGUCCUGAACUGGCCAGUUCAGUACUCAGCCCCCUACUGAAUAAGGACACAAUUGAUUUCUUGAAUUACACUGUCAGUGCUGACGAGCGGCAGCUGUGGAUGUCACUGGGCGAAGCUUGGAUGAAAGCCAGAGCAGAGUGGCCGAAAGAACAGUUUAUUCCGCCCUAUGUUCCGCGGUUCCGCAAUGGCUGGGAACCCCCAAUGCUGAACUUUCUGGGGACACCAAAGGAACAAGACCUGUAUCACCUGGCCGAGUCGGUGGCAAACGUGGCAGAGCAUCAGCGCAAACAGGACACGAAGAGAUUGUCCGCAGAGCAUUCCGGUGUGUCGGAGUACCCCCCAGCUGACCCAUAUGCAUUCAAUAGCAGCAUUUACGCCAGAGGGCCGCAUCUGGACCAAGUGGACAGCGCUGCUGCCUUUAAGCCAACUCCUAAUCGCCAUGUAGAAAGAAAUUAUGACCCACUCAAAACACAACCCAAGAAAUAUGCCAAAUCCAAGUACGACUUUGUGGCAAGGAAUAACAGUGAGCUCUCAGUUCUAAAGGAUGAUAUUUUGGAGAUACUUGAUGAUAGGAAGCAGUGGUGGAAAGUUCGAAAUGCAAGUGGAGACUCUGGGUUUGUGCCAAAUAAUAUUCUGGACAUCGUGAGACCUUCAGAAUCUGGAUUAGGGCGCACUGAUCCACCAUACACACACACCAUACAGAAACAAAGGAUGGAGUAUGGCCCAAGACCAACUGAUACUCCUUCUGCCCCGUCACCUCCUCCAACACCAGCUCCCGUUCCUGUCCCUCUUCCCCCUUCAGUACCAGCCCCUGUUCCCAUGUCAAAGGUCCCGGCGAAUAUCACUCGUCAGAACAGUGGCUCCAGUGACAGCGGGGGCAGUACUGUGCGAGAUGGCCAGAGAUACAGACAGCUUCCAGUGGACCGACGGAAGUCUCAGAUGGAAGAGGUGCAGGAUGAGCUCAUCCACAGGCUGACCAUUGGGCGCAGCGCCGCACAGAAGAAGUUCCAGGUGCCACGGCAGAACGUGCCAGUCAUCAACAUCACAUACGAUUCCACACCAGAGGAAGUGAAGACAUGGCUGCAAUCAAAGGGGUUCAACCCUGUGACGGUCAAUAGUCUUGGAGUGUUAAAUGGUGCACAGCUUUUCUCUCUCAACAAAGAUGAACUGAGGACGGUGUGCCCAGAAGGGGCCAGAGUGUUCAGCCAGAUCACCGUGCAGAAGGCUGCCCUGGAGGAUAGCAAUGGCAGUUCGGAAUUGCAAGAAAUUAUGCGAAGACGACAGGAAAAAAUCAGUGCUGCUGCUAGUGAUUCAGGAGUGGAAUCUUUUGAUGAAGGAAGCAGUCACUAAUUUGCCAUUUAUUUGUUUUUAAACUUUAUUAUUCUUGGCAUUAUUCCACCAUGCUUUGUUUUAAGAAGCCUUGAAGAUGAUGUCAGAUUCAUUUUUCUUGGUAUAUAUAAUUUAUUGCCAUAAAAAUACCCAAUCCAUACCCAGGUAAGCAGGGGACUGGCUUCUGGGCCCAUUGCUUUUAUUAAAACUGAAAAAUCUCAGCUGAAUUUAUUCACCUUUGAAAAUAACUUUUUCUGUGAGGUUUCCUUUAUUAAUUAUUUAAUUCCAUCUCAUAAGUAGAAGUUGAUUUUGUUUUUGGACAGUAGUGAAUUUAUUCACUGCAGCAAAGCAAAGAUACUCUAUAAUUCAAAAUGUUAACAAUUUCAAUUUUCUGUGACCAUAGUGUCUGUCAUUCAGCUCACUUAGGCCAGCCUCUGCUUGCUUAGUUUUCUCCUCUGACACAUUCAAUGAUAGAUUGAUACGAAGUUCUUAAUGCCAACAGUUUAAAAAAACUUUAAAACAUUUGAAUGAAUCAUGAAGUAUAGCCAGGCCUUGAACGUGCAAACAUGAAUAUGACACUCCCAAGACGUUUUCUUAGUCAUGGCUCUGUUGAUUCCAGUUCCUUGCAUAGCUUGUGUUUUGCUUUAGUUUCUACCCUGCCUAUUAUAUAUACUGUGUUCUUAUAUAUGGAAAGCACAAGUGGAAAAGGUCACAUGCACUCCAGACCUGUCAAAGGACAUAGCCCACGUUGGUGUACACAACAGUAUUUUGC